AUACGAAAGGACACAACUCAACAGAAAGACCAUGUCUUGAGGGAGGGGGGAGGAAGAAAAAGAAACUAAAGCAUUGGGUGGGAGGCGAAAGUGGUUUACAUCGGGUCUCUGAAUACGGCAGGGUGAUGCGCACGACAUCACCCGAGGGACGACGGUAGCUGAUGGGCAGAAGAUCGUUGCAAUCAUCUGAAUACUAUUGACGACACACGUAAGUCCGUCUGGGCGCAGUGGAGCGCUGAAUAGGAGACACCGAAUCCCCCUCCCUCCUGGCUGGCUAUUCAAGGACCCAGGCGAGAAGAUAAAUACCUCGGAACCUCCCAAGUAAACGCUUCAGAACAGAACUACUUGCUCAACGACGGUUCCUUCAAUCCUCCUUGCCUUUUACCGUUUCCUCUGUUUAGUCGCAAUAAUGCAGAUCUCUUUCCUCACCACCCUCACCCUCAUCGGCGCUGCCCUUGCUGUGCCCGGGGCGGACGCCAAACAAAAGACGAUCGCGAUCGGUGCCCCUUGUACGAAGGAUGGAAACAUGGGCGUUUGCGACAAGGGAGGCUUCUGCUUGCAAAAGGAAAACGCAAAGCAGGGCGUUUGCAAGCCGGCCAACUAGAUCAACCGCGACAACCCUCGAGAGGACUGCUGCAAAGCCACAUGCCAUCCUCUAAAGAGCCCCAAUGAAACCCAGGAUGGGGCCAUACUCCUGUACAGUACAUUGAUUCUAUUCAC